AUGGAAAAAACUAAUCCCAAGGGCAGCAUUCCUGCCAUAACUGGAGAAAUUGAUCACUCCAAGGCCAUCAGGGUGUUCCCAUUAGCUCUUUUGCCUUACAAGUCCACCAUCCUUGCUUAUACCACCUCGUUCAUAUCUACAACUAUCGGGUUUCCAUUUGACACGGUCAAAACUCGAAUGCAAACAUACAAGAGGUUUGCCUCAUACUCAGACUGUGUCCUCUCAACAUUGAAGCAUGAGGGGAUCCGAGGGUUCUUCAGGGGCAUCAUGGCUCCAUUGAUCAGUACGUCUUUUCUGAGGUCUUUGAGUGUGACUAUCUUCACCACAUCGAAACCUUACUGCUAUGAAGCUCUUUAUGGCUGGCGUGAUGAAAGCAAUACAGGCCAUCCUUUCAUCAGGAAUUUUCCUGUGUGUUUUGCUGCUGGUGCAGCCGCUGGGUGUGGUGUAUCGUUGUUUGCUUGCCCUUUUGAGUUCACCAAAGUGUACUCGCAGAUUGCUUCGUUAGCUCACAAGCUGGCUUCUAUUGAUAUUCAGAAAAAAGGAAGUUCGCCUCAUGUAGGCACUUAUGAGACAGUAAAGUCCAUUCUCAGGUAUAAUGGUGUGGGCGGGUUGUACUCCGGAUACAAGUACCAUCUUGCUAGAGAUGCUCUAGGUUCUGGGGUAUACUUCGCCGUAUAUGAGUCAAUCAAGUGGGCAACAAAUGCUCUCAUAAAUUCAGAUCCAUCCAAGUCUUCCCCCAUCUCCAUCAUGAUAGCUGGAGGUAUGUCUGGGGUUCUUUGCUGGACAGCAAUAUUUCCCUUUGACACCACCAAAUCGUUAAUCCAGAAAGACAUUGUCACAAACAUUUUACGAAAACAAGUCGGGCUCGAGCCAUUACCAAAAAAAGAUCGGAAAAUUGUGUUUGGUACACGCGUUUAUAGAGGCUUGGGCAUCUCGAUGGUCCGUUCAUUUCUUGUAAAUAUGGUAUUCUUCACCACUUUCGAGUUUGGCAUGAAGCAUUUAGCAUAG